AUGAAGCACCUCCCUCACCGCAGCAGUGACUCCUCUCUGCACAUGAAGCACCUCCCUCACCGCAGCAGUGACUCCUCUCUGCACAUGAAGUACCUCCCUCACCGCAGCAGUGACUCCUCUCUGCACAUGAAGCACCUCCCUCACCGCAGCAGUGACUCCUCUCUGCACAUGAAGCACCUCCCUCACCGCAGCAGUGACUCCUCUCUGCACAUGCUUAUUGCUGCAUGCUCUGAUCUAUAUUGGGAAUCCUCAUCCGCAUCUCCAGAGGAAGUCCAUAAGAACAAAGCCGCCUUUGAGCUGCACAGGCCUCUGUGUCACCGCCGCCGCAGGUGA